UAGGGAGGAAGUAUAAAGUUUGCAUUCUUUCAUAGGCUUUAUAAUAUCUUUAUUGAAUUAUAGCUAAAAUGUGUGACCUAAUCACAAGUCGAUUAAAGAGUUCAAAGGCUUCAUUUAAAUAAAUUUCUUGAUAGAAGAGGACUCUGAAAGCAAUGAUAGCAAUUAUAGUUUCUGUUUGUUAACAAGUACUCAUAUACCCUUUUCAUGUGAGAAAAAUGACCAUUCUAACCCAGCUGAUAGUGUGCUGAUUCUGAUUCUUCCCUUUUUUUCUUAUUAGCUCCCAUUCAUGACCAACAGCAUAUAUUUGUGAAGUGGUUGGCCUGAUUAAGGGACAGUCAGAAUUAGAAGUCAAGUUUCUGGAAUAUUAUGGGGUUUAUCCCCCUCUUUUUAAGGUGUCGUUUCAGCCAGAUGUUGCAUCCAAUUUUUGAGGAAGCUUCCAAUGUCAUUAAGGAAGAAUACCCAAAUGAGAAUCAAGUAGUGUUUGCUAGAGUUGAUUGUGAUCAGCACUCUGAUAUAGCCCAGAGAUACAGGAUAAGCAAAUACCCAACCCUCAAAUUGUUUCGUAAUGGAAUGAUGAUGAAGAGAGAAUACAGGGGUCAGCGAUCAGUGAAAGCACUUGCAGAUUACAUCAGGCAACAAAAAAGUGACCCUGUUCAAGAACUUCACAGCUUAGAAGAAAUCACCACUCUUGAUCGCAGCAAAAUAAAUAUCAUUGGAUAUUUUGAGCAAAAGGAUUCAGACAAGUAUAGAGUUUUUGAAAGAGUAGCAAGUAUUUUGCACGAUGAUUGUGCCUUCCUUUCUGCAUUUGGGUCUGUUUCAAAACCAGAAAGAUUUAGCGGAGACAACAUAAUCUACAAACCUCCAAUGCUUUCUGCUCCAGAUAUGGUAUACUUGGGAUCUAUGACAAAUUUUGAUGCGACUUUCAGUUGGAUUCAAGAUAAAUGUGUUCCUCUUGUCCGAGAAAUAACAUUUGAAAAUGGAGAGGAAUUGACAGAAGAAGGACUGCCUUUCCUCAUACUCUUCCACAUGAAAGAGGAUACAGAAAGUUUAGAAAUAUUCCAGAAUGAAGUAGCCCGGCAAUUAAUAAGUGAAAAAGGUACAAUAAACUUUUUACAUGCUGACUGUGACAAAUUUAGACAUCCUCUUCUGCACAUACAGAAAACGCCAGCAGAUUGCCCCGUAAUAGCCAUUGACAGCUUUAGGCAUAUGUAUGUGUUUGGAGACUUCAAGGAUGUGUUAGUUCCUGGAAAACUCAAGCAGUUCGUAUUUGACUUACAUUCUGGAAAACUGCACAGAGAAUUCCAUCACGGACCUGACCCAACCCUUGAUAUUGCCCCAGGACAGGAAUCCCAAGAUGUAGCAAGCAGUCCACCUGAGAGCUCCUUCCAGAAGCUAGCACCCAGCGAAUAUAGGUAUACUUUAUUGAGGGAUCGAGAUGAGCUUUAAAAACUUGAAAAACAAUUUGCAAGCCUUUCAAACAGCAGCAUCAAUUUAUGUGGUGGAAAUAGUAAACCUAUAUUUUCAUAAUUCUGUGUAUUUUUAUUUUGAAUAAACUGAAAUACGUUUUGGGUUUUUAUUUUUUUUUCCCCUUGACUCAGAAUGCAUUGCCAUUUAAUAUAGCCUCUUUUUAAAAUGUGCUAGGGUUAAAAAAUAAAAACCAGAGGCCUAUCUUUGCUUUAAAUCUGUCCUGUAAAACAUUUAUAAAUCAAGUAAAACGUGGCAUUGCCAGAGACAUACCAUUAACUUGCACUGUUAGGUUAGGGAGGACUUUGGGGUGUUUCCUGUGUAGUAUGUGCUUUUCUUUCUUUUCUUUUCAUAUGAUCAAUUCUGUUGGUAUUUUCAGUAUCACAUUUCUCAAAGCUAAGGGGGUAUAUAUUCUGGAUACUUGGGAGGGGAAUAAAUUAAAAUUUUCACACUGUGUACUGUGUUUUACUGAUUGGUUGGAUAUUACUUACGAAAAUUCCAUAGUGGUAUUUUUUGGACUCUUAAUGUGUAACUUAAACAUACUA